CCAUGGGGCAUGGGCGGCGUCUCAGAGCGUUGAGCUGACGAACGAGUGAAAGACUGUGACGAAACUGUGUGUUUAAAGAAAGCAUUUCUUUUUUUAGGCGUAAGAUUUGUGUUAUAUUUACUAUUAAUGUCAGAACUGUUAGUCCAGCCCAGCAGUUUUUGGAAAAAGUGUCUUUUAAAUGCUAUGUGUGUUACCUCAAAACACUUUAACGAUCGACUAAGACAAGCGCGCUUCCCCCUUUUGAAUGACACAAAACUCUAGCACAGGAGUGUUCCUGAUGUGGUUACACCAUGGAAUCACUAAAUGAUGGUGUUACAAUGGGUUUGUUCACUUCGAAACCAGCAGUAGCAGACAUUGAUAAUGUGGUAGUUAAGCGUUCAAAUAAAGAAGAACCAGUGAAAGAAACAGAAUUUAAAAUGGAAGAAAAAGCUGUGGCUGAUCCGGUGCCUCCUGCCCUAGUGUCGCCCUUAACUGCAUUGCAAGACUUAACUCGUGAAUAUCAAGAAAUAGAUCCUGUUUCUUCAAAGUCUACUAGUCUCUCGGAAGUUGAAGAGGGGCAAAUCCUGGAAUCUUCCUCUGAUGCUUCUGAUUUGACUAAAGAAGUUAUAAAGAACGAGAGCAACAUUAAUAAGAGACCAAAUUCUGUGCUCUCUGAUGCUGAUGAUGCUGGAAUGGUUUCUGCCAAAAAACCUAAAAAGAAGAUCUCGUUUUCGUCUGUGACGGCUUACUACUUCCCCAGAGCGCAAGGUUUCACGUGUAUCCCGUCUCAGGGAGGUUCAACAUUGGGUAUGGCUCUCAAGCACAGCCAUGAAGAAAGCUUCACACUCUCCGAACAUGCGAAUUAUCAAAGACGAAACCACCGAAGGUUGUUGCUUCAACUUCGUAAAAGGAGAAAGAAUCGUAGCGCCACAAAAGCCAGCGAAGAAGACGCAGCAGCAGCAGCAGCAACAACAACAGCUUUGGAGGCCACCAACGAUACGGCAGAGGUUUUGGCUGGAAAAAGUAGUCCAGAAGCCAAAGAGAAGAAUGAAGUGAAGGAAUCGGAAAGCGACGACAGUGAUGUAGAUGGACAGCAAAUAAGCGACAUAUCUGAUUCAGAGCUAGAAGUGGACAACUAUUACUUUUUACAGCCUGUUCCAACAAGACAACGACGAGCUUUACUCCGAGAAUCAGGGAUAGGGAAGAUUGAAACGUCAGAGAAAGACGAUUGCCGCCAAAUCCGCGUCUCUCGAGAAUCUUGUGGAUGUUCAUGUCAAGGAUACUGCGAUCCGGAAUCCUGCUCCUGCGCUCAAUCGGGCAUCCAAUGCCAGGUCGAUAGGCUUAACUUUCCAUGCGGUUGUUCACGGGAUGCAUGUGGUAAUCCAUCAGGACGCAUAGAAUUCAACCCGGUGCGAGUUCGAACCCAUUUCAUACAUACUUUAAUGCGAAUGGAGUUGGAAAAUACUCAGGAGCCCAACAAAGGCCUACAACCUGUUCAUCAUAAUCAACAGAUUCAGCAGCACCAAUUACUUCAAAGCAUCGAAGAGCUUCCUGCAGCCGAAAUAGACAUCGGGGUGGUUAACGCGCUAGCACCGCCGGAAUCGCACUACAACUGGGACAGCGUCAUGCAGUUGGCUCCUUCUCAAGAUCAGCAUCAACAGGCGCUACAGCAUCACACCAGUUACCCUGUAGCUGAUCCAAUGUCCGAAAAUGGGUGGUUUUGUCAUUAUUCUAACGACGUAAGCAACAGUUACUCACUUUAUUCUGGACCCAGUGCAGCUGGCAGCGCGGAAGUCUUCGCAUACGAUCAACAUCCUUACGAUGCACUGGGAUACCAUUCUACAGACGUCGCAGGCGAGAACUCCCAGCAGCAUUACACUGAACUGGUAGAUAGUAGCAGCAGCUCUGGCUAUACCGGUGGUGGCGUCAGUGGUAGCGCAAGUGAAUUUUACAGCGAAUAUAGUCAGAGCUAUCAAUCUUUUGAUCCACAAUCUUUCAGCUAUCACCACACGACUAGCGACGCAUAUAGUACCGCUGAUGAGAUUUAUAACUAUUCAGAAGACGGUUCGGGCUUUGCACUCGGCGGUGUUAGCUCCAAUACUGUUUACGGAAGUGCUUCGAACGGCAACGCAGUUCUCGAUUCCGUCAAUGGAGUGCCCAAGACCGAAUCAUCCAACAGUAGCUCCGAGGAAGAUAUUUUAGACAUGGGCAGCUCUCUGGCCACCAUUGUUAAAGAAACUAUGGUGUCUGUCUGAUUUGCCACUUUGUCGAGAAAAACGUAUUAGAUUAAUGGUUUUCGAUGCACAGUAUGAGCCGCUUGCAAUAAUACCCAGUUCGUGCACUGUGGUGUGUAUUGAAGUAACGUAAUUUUUUCCCGUUUUUGACCGUUGAUUUGCCAAAAUAGCGACUGACUGCGUACAUGCCAUCUUGCAACUUCUCUUUAGCCCAUUUUGUUACGUAAGUCUCAACGGACGUCGGGCUCGUCAUUUAGAUAAUUACUUUGUAACUUUUCCUUCCGUUUUAAAUUCUUAAUCCGAAUAGGUGCCCAACCAAAUUAAAUUUUAGGCUGUUCUUCCCCGUUUUUUUUUUAUUGUUGUCCGACUUGUUGUCUGUUACUGUUUCGACUUUCCGGGCCGACUUUAUAAAAAAAAUUAGC